AUGAAGGAAAAGAAGACGAAUCCGUCUUCUGGGUAUGGUGUAUCUGAUAAGAAAUCCGAUUCCAAGAAGAAAGAGAUUCAGAUUAAGGGAAAGACAGAGAGAGUUGUACCAGAACAUGAGCUGAGAAGGCUGAGGAAUGUAGCUUUGAGAACCAAAGUAGGUUCUGCAGGAAUCACGCAGGCGCCCGUCGAAGCCGAUCACGAGAAAUGGGAGGUUGAUGAAGUCGUGAAGCCAGAAUUUAGUGAGCCCUUUUCUCAUAACAUGAAGAGAACUCACGAAACUGUGGAGAGGAUUAGUGAUAUGGAGGUCAGGAAGCUGAUGCAGGACGAGGACAGGGAAACCCACAAGAAAAGUGAUGGAGAGGAAGAGAACUUGUAUUUGAGAGUCGAGAUGAAUCUGAGUUUUCUUCUGGCGAGGUAA